AUGGCCUCAGCUUCGAAAAAAACGUCGCCUUCUUGUUGCUUCCGCUCGGAUUCGGCUCCCAUUCCACGCGAGGCGGCGCCGGCUCCGAACGCCGUCGUUUCGGCCUCCGUGGUUCAAGAUUGGACCGCCAUCGCGGGUUCCGAAGAUCGGCGAGAUGAUCAGCGACCCAAAAAGAUCGCGAUGGCGUCCUUGAUUACCGAACCGUCCGCCAAUGCAUCCACCACUGGCAUCCCGAUCAUGCUUAGGCCUCAAACAAGGCAUCCACUGGACCCUUUAUCUGCUGCCGAAAUCUCUGUGGCAGUGGCAACCGUCAGGGCUGCUGGAGCCACACCUGAGGUUAGAGAUAGUAUGCGUUUUGUUGAAGUUGUUCUACUGGAACCAGAUAAACAUGUCGUAGGUUUAGCAGAUGCGUACUUCUUCCCCCCUUUCCAACCAUCAUUGCUUCCCAGAACCAAAGGUGGACCUAUAAUCCCGACUAAGCUUCCCCCAAGGCGAGCUAGGCUUGUUGUGUACAACAAAAAGUCUAAUGAGACAAGCACAUGGGUUGUUGAGCUGUCAGAAGUGCAUGCAGCCACUCGAGGUGGACAUCACAGAGGAAAAGUAAUAUCCUCACAAGUUGUUCCAGAUGUUCAGCCUCCCAUGGAUGCUGUGGAGUAUGCUGAAUGUGAAGCUGUUGUGAAAGACUUUCCUCCAUUUAGAGAGGCUAUGAAGAAGAGGGGUAUUGAAGAUAUGGACCUUGUGAUGGUUGAUGCCUGGUGCGUUGGUUACCAUAGUGAUGCUGAUGCUCCUAGUCAAAGACUUGCUAAACCACUUAUAUUCUGUAGAACUGAGAGUGACUGCCCAAUGGAAAAUGGUUAUGCACGCCCAGUUGAGGGCAUCUAUGUACUUGUUGAUAUGCAAAACAUGGUGGUGGUAGAGUUUGAAGACCGUAAGCUUGUUCCUCUACCUCCAGCUGAUCCAUUGAGGAACUAUACUCCUGGUGAAACAAGAGGUGGUGUUGAUAGAAGUGAUGUGAAACCUUUACAAAUUCUUCAGCCUGAAGGUCCAAGCUUUCGUGUUAAUGGGUACUUUGUGGAGUGGCAGAAGUGGAAUUUUCGUAUCGGAUUCACUCCUAGGGAGGGACUGGUUAUAUAUUCGGUGGCAUAUGUUGAUGGCAGUAGAGGACGAAGGCCUGUAGCCCAUAGGUUGAGUUUUGUGGAAAUGGUGGUGCCAUAUGGCGAUCCAAAUGACCCGCAUUACAGAAAAAAUGCUUUUGAUGCUGGGGAAGAUGGCCUGGGUAAAAACGCACAUUCUCUCAAGAAGGGGUGCGACUGUUUGGGGUAUAUCAAAUACUUUGAUGCACAUUUUACAAAUUUCACCGGAGGUAUUGAAACUAUUGAAAAUUGUGUAUGCUUGCACGAAGAAGAUCAUGGAAUUCUGUGGAAGCAUCAGGACUGGAGAACAGGCUUAGCAGAAGUGCGCAGGUCAAGGCGGCUAACAGUGUCAUUUAUAUGUACUGUGGCUAAUUAUGAGUAUGGAUUCUUCUGGCACUUUUAUCAGGACGGGAAGAUUGAAGCUGAAGUUAAACUUACAGGAAUACUCAGUUUAGGAGCAUUGCAACCUGGAGAAGUUCGAAAAUAUGGUACUGUUAUUGCACCAGGGUUAUAUGCACCUGUUCAUCAACAUUUUUUUGUUGCUCGUAUGGAUAUGGCUGUUGAUUGCAAACCUGGGGAAACUUACAAUCAGGUUGUGGAGCUGGACGUAAAGGUUGAGAAACCUGGGGAUAACAAUGUCCACAGCAAUGCAUUUUAUGCUGAAGAGACACUUCUCAGGACUGAAUUGCAAGCAAUGCGUGACUGUAAUCCUUUGACUGCUCGCCAUUGGAUUGUAAGGAACACGCGAACUGUUAACAGGACUGGACAGUUAACAGGCUACAAGCUCGUACCUGGUUCAAACUGUUUGCCAUUAGCCGGUUCUGAGGCCAAGUUUUUGCGAAGAGCAGCAUUCUUGAAACAUAACCUUUGGGUUACACCAUAUGCCCAAGAUGAGAUGUUUCCUGGAGGAGAGUUUCCAAACCAAAAUCCACGUGUUGGUGAAGGAUUGGCCACAUGGGUUAAGAAGAACCGAUCUCUGGAAGAAACUGAUAUUGUUCUUUGGUAUGUUUUUGGAAUAACACAUGUACCACGAUUGGAAGACUGGCCUGUCAUGCCGGUGGAGCGCAUUGGGUUUAUGCUCAUGCCCCAUGGAUUCUUCAACUGCUCUCCAGCGGUGGAUGUUCCCCCUAGUGCAUGUGAAUUGGAGGCCAAAGACAAUGAUGUAAAAGACAAUGGGGUAGCCAAGUCAAUUCCGAAUAGCUUGCUAGCAGCAAAGCUUUGA